AUGCCGAGGAACAUCCCCCGCCGCCUCCUACUCUGCACCAAUAAUCUCCAUUGCCGUCUGGGGGCAGUACAGCGACGAUUCUUCUCCCACUCCGACCACGUCAAACGGCCACCACCAUCACCGCCAGAGGCCCCGCCGUGGCACCACGACCCGCGGAAGGUGGCCGCGGCGACGGCCCUAGCGACGGGCGUGGCCGCAAUCGCUGUGCGCCUCAAGUACGGCGAGAGGGCGCCCUUCAGCGGCCGCACCCAUCUGGCGCUGUUCUCCCACGAAGAGGCGCGCGAGCGCGACGAGGCCGAAUUUGCCAAGUUCAAGAAAGAGCACGCCUCCAGGAUCCUCGGCCCACGCCAUCCCGACACCGUCCGUGUCCGCGGCAUCGCCCUCGACAUGGUCCGCGCUGCCCACCAUGGCCUCGCCGUCAGGCAGCUGCACGUCGCCAAGCAGGCCAAGCCGCGCUCCGAUGAGCUGCAGUGGAUGGAUGGGCUCCACUGGGAGGUAAUCGUCGUCAGAGACGACGAGAUCAAUGGAGACUCCUUCCUGCGUGACGGAAAGAAGGGUGCAGAGACCUUCGCCGGUGCCGGAAAAAUCGUAGUCUACACUGCAUUACUCCACCCCCAAAGGAGUGAGGCCGAGAUCGCCUUCACGCUCGCGCAUGAGGUUGGGCACGUUAUUGCAAGGCACUCGUCAGGGAUAAUCCACUGGUUAAGUUCGAUCAUUGAAAAAGUGCCGAUCUUGUUCCUCCUCGUAUUGCCCUUCAUGUUUCCCGUAUUUGCGCCCUUCAAGCGAAGGUGUGAGUUAGAAGCGGACCACAUUGGAAUCCUGCUGCUCGCUGCUGCUGGAGUUGAUCCGGUCAUAGCCGUUCAGGUCAUGCAGGAGAAUGCCAUGCUGAGAGGAGAAUCUACAUUGCAAGAAUGCCUCUCUUACUUCAAGUUCCAAUCUUCUGCUAAGAAAAGAUGGCAGUUUUUGUCACAGCCCAAGGUUUUCCUGGAGGCGCUGGAAUUAUACAAACAAGUAACGAGUCACGCACAAGGUUGAUUAAAUUAUCAUGGAAUCAUGACAUGUUGUUGACACGUAUAUAGUAUAUACUACAUACAAACUUUUAUAAUUACUAGGAAAAUUGCCCGUGCAUUGCAACGGGAAAUACAUUAGUAAAACACUACCAUCUCAGCG